GAAAAUGAGCAAAAAAAAACUUUGAAUUAUUUGAAGAAUCAAAAUGAUACGCGAGUAUCGAUAAAAUCGAUACUUUUAGAAUAAUUCUUUGUGUACACCGUUUCAUAAAACAGCGUAAUAAACAUGUUCCAAAGAACAAUGUUUUGGCGUCAUGGAACAGUUGUUGUUCGAAGAUUUUUCGCCAGUAAAAAACAUAAAUAUGAUCCAAAAUUUUUACAAAAAUUAAGUGAAAAAAUUGAUAAUGAAAAACCAUUCGUUAAUGUUUGUCUGGAAGAUUUUGUUCAAUUAUUUCAGCAAAAUGAUCAUAAUGAAAUAAAUCGAAUGAAAAUUGAAAAAAUAAUCAACAUUUAUGAUGAAAUGAAAUAUGAUCUACAACCAGUACCAAGUACAUUGACUGUUGACGAUGUUAAAAAUCUACUUCCAUUAACGGCAUUAAGUGAUAUUCGUCGACAGAUACGCAAAUUACAUCGUAAAGAAUUACAACGGCUAUUGAAAAAAGAAUUGAAACAACAAUCGAUAAUAAAAAUCGAACAAAAACAAUCCAUUGAAGAUGUUAAAAUUCCAGAUCGAUCUGGUUUGUUUGAUUCUAAUGGAAAUUUAAUCUAUGGAUUAUGGCAUAAUUCAUUGUUCACAAGAAUCAAUCCUAAAUUUCGACGUUUAUCAUUAGAAAAAUUUCGUCAUGCUCAUUGGUUUGGACAAAAUCUAUUCAUUGAUUUUAGUUAUUCAUCCUAUUUAUCAAGACACUUAUGUGUACAAGUAGCUAAUGAUCUGUCACAUUUAAUUCACUUUAAUCUUAAACAAAUGAAUGAUCCAUUUAAAAUUAUUCUCUGUGGUAUCGAUUAUGAUCAUUAUUUAUGGAAAUCAUUACAACAAUCAUUUCCAGAUAUAAGUGAAUCAGUUGAACAUACUGAACAAAAAUUAAUGUCAUUUGUUUCUGAUCCUCAACAAAUUGUCUGUUUUACAUCAUUCGAAACAAAAACAGCAUUAGAAUAUAAUCCAAAUUGGUCAUAUGUAUUGCCUGCCAUACCAGAACGUUUAAUGAAUCAGGAUUUUCUUACACCAUCAUUGAAAAAAAUGAAAAUUCGCCGUAUGGGUGUACCAAUCGAUCGUUUUGUUAUUUGGCAAUACGGAUCAAAACGUCUUUCAUUACAGCAAAAGAUUCGUAUUCUUCAAGAUAUACGUUCGAAAAAUUUCGAUUGGAAACGUUCGAUUGUUGAACAUGUACAGACAAAAAGAACGGACAAAUCUUGAAAAUUCAAACUGUUCAAAUCAACAGAUGGCAUUAGUGAUUAGCAUCAAGUGUCAUCACAUGCCACAAUCGUGGACUCUUAUUUUUCUCUCGCAACAUUAUACUCUUAAAAAAUUAUACA